GAAAUCGUACAGUAGUUAUGCUUCGCGCUAACUACGAAGCAAAAAUGUUGGAGCUAUUGGAGGAUUCCGAAACCUACAAGAAGCUAGACCGUGACCCAACAACGAAGUUCCAGAACCAGAACAACGCACUUGUAGUACGACUGCAGAACCUUGGUUUGAUCGAUGAACGCACUGCGAGGUGCCUCAAAUCUAGGGCAGCGGUUAGCCCGAGGAUAUAUGGUCAACCAAAAGCCCACAAACCUAAUCUCCCUCUUCGCCCGGUUGUCCCUACGAUGACGGCGCCAACAUACACACUGUCCAAAUUCCUUUCGAACAUCCUACAACAAUCCGUAAACAACACGUACAGCAUAAGGAAUUCGGAGGAAUUUUGUGAGUAUAUCAACAGCUGCACUGUAGGGCCAGGAUACGUAAUGGUAUCCUUUGAUGUGGUUUCAUUAUUCACAAACAUCCCGGUGGAAUUGGUGAGGAAAGGCAUCCUGAACCAGUGGAACAACAUAAAGGAACACACUAACAUCAACCUGGACCUAUUUCUGGAGAUCGUGGUUUUUGUCAUCGAGGCUAGCUACUUCGUAUUCCAACAAAAACACUACCAACAAAUCGCUGGCACAGCUAUGGGAAGCCCGCUGUCACCGGUGCUAGCAGAGAUCGUCACUGGCGAACUGGUGGAUACAGUGUUGUCCAAACUAAAUGUGCACAUUCCGAUCUUGAAGAAGUUUGUCGACGACUUCUUCAUCGUGAUUCCUGCCAACGAAGUAGAUACAGUAUUGGGUGCAUUUAACGACUAUCACCCAAAACUGCAAUUCACGGUAGAAUACGAAGUCGCCGGGAGGCUGCCAUUCCUCGACAUGGUCGUUGUCCGCAACGAAGAUCAAUCAUUCUCCACAGAUUGGUUUAUGAAGCCGAUCGCAUCUGGACGGAUCCUAAACUAUUUCUCGCUGCACCCAAAACACCUAAAAAUGAAUGUGGCAUACAACUUCGUCAAAAAGGUAAACACCCUUUCGACGAUCAAAACGGAGCAACAGAAAAAGGAGACAGUGAUGAGCAUACUGAAGCUAAACGACUACCCCGUCUCGUUGAUUAAUAGACUAAUUAACCGACACAACGAAAGAAGAAUGACAACACCAGCACAACCAGAGAAUGACGAUCAACAAAGCAAUAUUUAUAAGUCGAUUCCAUACAUAGUAGGGCUAACACAGCAGAUCACACAAUACAUUAAGAGAUCAAAUGAAUUUGACAAUAUUAGCAUAGUACAUUAUAACAACAACACAGUGGGUUCAUUAUAUAAAGCUAUGAAAGGGAGGACAGAUACGUAUCAGCGUAAUAACGUAAUUUACUGUAUUGGUUGUCAACAGUGUGAUGCCAAAUACGUUGGCAUGACAACCAAUAAGUUACAAACACGUAUAUACGGACAUAAAUCUGAUGUCAAUCUCCUGGACAAAAUCACACAAAUAGAAAACACUUCAGACAAAUUACAUAAACUGAGCAAUCUGAGGGAAAGAACAGCAAUGAUGAACCACUGUGUUGGCACAGGCCACAGAUUUGAUCUGCAAAACGCCAAUGUAUUAGAUUGUAGCUUAAAAACAAAUAGACUACCAAUAUUAGAGAUAUGCCAUAUAAUGACAACAGAAAACAUAAACAAACGGACAGAUGUAGACGGGUUACACACAUGUUAUACAGGUAUCAUGCACACACUGAAAAGAUUAUCACACAGAAACAGACAUAGUAGGAACGAUCUUGACACCAAUACAACAGAAAUAGAUGAAGCACAAAUGAAUCAAAAUGACGAAUAACGUAGGCAGUAAAGACGAUUGAAGUUGAACAGCUUGACAGUGAGUAAAGUGUUAUAUAGAAUUGUGGGCGAAAAAACACAGUGGAGGCGUAUAAAUGGUAGUACUAGAUCACCAAACCGUAAGUUUAAAUUAGGACGCAAACCACACAAUAUGACACUUAAAACAAACACUUUUCAUAGGACCAUGCAACAACGAAACAUAGACAACACUACAGGCUGAAUGUUUUUGGACAGCUACGAAUAAUUCUUUAUCCCUGAGGAAGAUCCAAAUCGGGAUCGAAACGUUGGAGCCAAGAUAAUAAAUUCGUAGGCCAACUUAUUAAGACUGCAAGCCAGACCAAAGUAAAUCCAAAGUACUCAUAUCAGUCGAAAUCGCUAGAU